AUGGAUGGAAGAUUGUUCGAGGCAGCUCGAACAGGCAACGUUCCCUUAUUGCACCAAUUACUUUUUGAAAAACCUUUGAUUCUAGCUGAUUGUGUGCUCUUCUCUCCCCAGGAGAACCCCUUACACAUUGCUGCUAAGGCCGGACAACUCGGUUUUAUGCAACAAGUGCUUGCACAGAGACCUGAUUUCGCCAGACAAGUAAACGCGGAUGGGUUUCGGCCACUGGACAUUGCUUCUGCAAUUGGGUACGUAGAUAUAGUUAAAGAGAUGAUAAAAACUUGCCCUCUUGAUGUAUGCCGUCUCAAGGGAAGAGCAGGAAGGACGUGUCUUCAUUAUGCUACCAUGAAUGAAAGGGUUGAGAUUAUUGAUGAAUUACUUAACUCUUGUGGUGAGUGUGUUAAGGACGUAACUUCUAUCGGUGAAACUGCGCUUCAUCUGGCUUUGAAAUACUGUAAACUUGAAGCUUUUACCAACUUGAUCAGAUGGCUGGAACGGCUUGGUUUGGAAGAGCUUGUGAAUUGGGUCGAUAAAGAUGGAAACACAAUCUUGCACCUCGCGGUAUCUAGAAAACAACUCGAGGCAAGUUCAGCUUCACCUGGUUAA